AUGCUUGAGGAGUUGUUCAUCAGCCAUAUAUUAUUUGUACUGAAGAUGAUUCCUUAUGCCGCUGGUGUCAUCGUGCCUUUAGCGUUGACGCUUUUGGUUCGGAACUCGAAGAAAGAAAAGAAAAGAGGCGUGGUUGUUGAUGAUGUUGGUGGAGAACCAGGCCAUACCAUUAGGAAUCACAGGUUCACUGAUCCCGUUAGUUCCCAUUGGGUUGACAUCUCGACGCUUCCUGAGCUCUUUGAGGUAUCCUGUAAAGUUCACAGCGACAGGUUUUUCCUUGGAACACGGAAGCUCAUCUCUAGGGAGAUGGAGACUAGUGAGGACGGAAAAACGUUUGAGAAACUUCAUUUGGGUGACUACGAAUGGAUGACGUUUGGGAAAACACUUGAGGCUGUGUGCAAUUUUGCUUCUGGUUUGGUUCAAAUUGGACACGAGUCUGAAGAACGUGUCGCUAUUUUUGCGGAUACUCGAGAAGAGUGGUUUAUUUCCCUACAGGGUUGCUUCAGGCGCAACGUCACUGUGGUAACUAUCUAUUCAUCUCUGGGAGAGGAAGCUCUUUGUCACUCGCUGAAUGAGACGGAGGUGACAACCGUUAUUUGUGGUAACAAAGAACUCAAAAAGCUCAUUGACAUAGGCCAACAGCUUGAAACUGUGAAGCGCGUCAUUUGUAUGGAUGAUGAGUUCCCAUCUGAUGCGAACAGUGCUUGGAAGACGACUUCAUUUGCUGACGUUCAGAAACUUGGCCGUGAAAAUCCUGUCGACCCGAAAUUUCCACUUUCGGCAGAUGUUGCUGUUAUAAUGUACACCAGUGGAAGCACUGGUCUUCCGAAGGGUGUUAUGAUGACACACGGCAAUGUACUAGCUACAGUUUCAGCUGUGAUGACAAUUGUUCCAGACCUCGGAAAGAGGGAUCUAUACAUGGCAUAUUUACCUUUGGCUCACAUCCUUGAGUUAGCAGCAGAGAGUGUAAUGGCUACUAUUGGAAUUGCUAUUGGAUAUGGGUCUCCCUUGACGCUCACUGAUACUUCAAGCAAGAUUAAAAAGGGCACAAAAGGAGAUGUCUCAGCACUAAAGCCCACUAUAAUGACAGCUGUUCCAGCCAUUCUUGAUCGUGUCCGGGAUGGUGUGCGCAAAAAGGUUGAUGCAAAGGGAGGAGUGGCGAAGAAAUUGUUCGACUUUGCAUAUGCUCGGAGAUUAUCUGCAAUCAAUGGAAGUUGGUUAGGAGCCUGGGGAUUGGAAAAGCUCCUAUGGGAUCUGCUUGUGUUCGGUAAAAUCCGUGCAGUCUUGGGAGGUCAAAUCCGCUAUUUGCUCUCUGGUGGUGCCCCUCUUUCUGGUGACACUCAGAGAUUCAUUAACAUAUGCGUUGGGGCUCCAAUCGGUCAGGGAUAUGGGCUAACAGAGACUUGUGCUGGUGGAACCUUCUCUGAGUUUGAUGACACAUCCGUUGGCCGUGUGGGUGCUCCACUUCCUUGCUCCUUUGUAAAGCUAAUAGACUGGCCGGAAGGCGGGUACCUAAUCAGUGAUAAGCCGAUGCCCCGUGGUGAAAUUGUAAUUGGUGGCUCAAACAUCACGCUCGGGUAUUUCAAGAACGAAGAGAAAACGAAAGAAGUUUACAAGGUGGCAAAAUCAACAUUAUCGGUUGAUGAAAAGGGCAUGAGGUGGUUCUACACAGGAGACAUAGGACAAUUUCAUCCCGAUGGUUGCCUCGAGAUAAUAGACCGCAAAAAGGAUAUCGUUAAACUUCAGCACGGGGAAUAUGUCUCCUUGGGCAAAGUGGAAGCUGCUCUCAGUAUAAGUCCGUACGUUGAUAAUAUAAUGGUUCAUGCUGACCCAUAUUACAGCUACUGUGUGGCUCUUGUGGUCGCGUCACAACAAACACUUGAAGGUUGGGCAUCAAAGCAAGCAAUAGAGUCGACCAACUACGAAGAUCUGUGCGCGAAAGAAGAAACCGUGAAAGAAGUAUAUGCGUCUCUCGUCAAGGCGGCUAAACAAUCGCGGUUGCAGAAGUUUGAGAUACCAGCAAAGAUCAAAUUGUUGGCGACUCCAUGGACGCCAGAGUCAGGGUUAGUCACAGCAGCUCUUAAGCUUAAAAGAGAUGUUAUCAAGAAGGAGUUCGCUGAAGAUCUCACCAAGUUAUAUGCUACCUAA